GUGCGUGACCAUGUCUGGCCGGGGUAAGGGCGGUAAGGGGCUCGGCAAGGGCGGCGCCAAGCGCCACCGCAAGGUGCUGCGCGACAACAUCCAGGGCAUCACCAAGCCGGCCAUCCGCCGCCUGGCUCGGCGCGGCGGCGUCAAGCGCAUCUCGGGGCUGAUCUACGAGGAGACGCGCGGCGUGCUCAAGGUCUUCCUGGAGAACGUGAUCCGCGACGCCGUCACCUACACGGAGCACGCCAAGAGGAAGACGGUCACGGCCAUGGACGUGGUCUACGCCCUCAAGCGCCAGGGUCGCACUCUCUACGGCUUCGGCGGCUAAAUCCUCGCUUACUUGCCGGACCGCCACCACAAAAACCCCAAAGGCUCUUUUAAGAGCCACCUACCUAUUCCUUGAAAAGAGCUGUAUCGCUGUAUUUUGAC